AUGCUCACUUCCGAACCCCAUAUCGGGAGCCUGGUUCGGCAGAUGCUCAUCGUGCCACACCACGGCCAAGGCCAGGUGUACGGGGCGUUCCCGUUUGUGUUGGGCGAGAAGCUUCCACAAAUCGAGCACCUCUCCCUCGACCUCCGCCGGGACUACUACCCUUAUGUUCACCCGGACUUCUUUCAGUUGCUCUCAGGCUUUUCUACUGUCACCAGCUUGGAUGUACACCGUAUUCAAUUUCCAUCCCUGAACGACUUCGGUCUGCUCAUCUGCGCAUUCCCCCGACUGACCAACCUCUCAUGCUGGAUGGUGAGCUGGACCAAGAAGACGUAUGACGCUGGCACGUUCAAAGCGCUCGAUCGGCGCCUCUCUCUUCGGUCCCUCUCCUUGAGAGAUGUGCGGGGCAUGGGCGAAAUGGUCGAGUGGCUGCUCACCGUAACUUCUAGUUUGCAACUGGAUACCAUUUCCCUGCCUACAGUAUCCGUGCGUGACGUGGGACCCGUAGGAAGGCUACUCGACGUUGUGGGCGCGAGUCUGCGACAUUUGGAAAUUGGGAUAAUCUUGCGAGCGUCCCCUCAGCUCCAGACGAAGGCAGUGACGGAAUGGGAGGGCAGCGUUGGGACCUAUCCACGAUUGAUUCGUAAUACGAGCCUUACCUCUCUCCAGAUUGAUCUGCAGGGCACUGAUUCAGACAAAUGGGCGAGCUGGGCAUCUGGACUCCUCUUGCAGACGGCACCGUCUUGUGUUUCACGAAUCACGAUCUUGAUACAGAUCCCAAGCAGGCCGACGAAGCUCAAGCAAUCUCACUGCGGCUCGAUUGAUGGUGUGUUAUCCCUACCACAAUUCUGUAAUCUGCGUCAAGUUGUUUUCCAAUACGAGGACGGCACGGAUGCUGAGCGUUUGGAAUGGUUCCGCGGCGCACUCCCAACCUUAUUCCCGUUGACUUGUGCGCGGAAUCUUGUCCGCCUCAAACAGGGUGGGCUACUUAUCGUAUGA